GGGCCGGACCCCAACUAUAGCAUGAUCUCAACGGUCUUUACGUUAAUCUCCGGAGUCGGAUUGCUGCUGGUCGGCCGUCUGGGCGAUAUCUUCGGUCGUCGGUACAUCCUUAUCGGCGGCCAGCUGCUGGGACUCGUUGGGGCGAUUGUCUGCGCGACCGCAAAGAAUGUCCCGACCGUGAUCGGCGGAAGUGUGCUGUGCGGUCUGGCUGCUGCAGUGCAGUUGACCUUCACCUUUGUGAUUGCUGAGCUGGUGCCUAACCGCGCUCGUCCUGCGGUCAACGCUAGCAUCUUCAUCACCACCCUCCCCUUUUCCGCCUUCGGAUCCAUCAUUGCCAGCGACUUCGUCGCUCACACCGCCGCCUCGUGGCGCUGGACGUAUUACCUGAACAUGAUCACCUGUGGCCUGUCGAUCAUCCUGCUGGUGCUCUUCUACUUCCCCCCUGGUUGGGAUCAGAAGCGCGGCGGGCAGAGCCGCCUCGACGGUCUGAAGAAGUUCGACUGGAUCGGGUUCGUGCUCUACGCCGCUGGUGUUGUUCUGGUGCUGUUGGGACUCUGUAUGUGCUGUCUGGUUCAUUCCUGGGGUGGUACCUCGUAUGCGUGGUCCUCUGCCCACGUCGUUGCCGUGCUGGUCGUCGGCUUCGUGUCGAUCAUCGUCUUUGUUCUCUACGAAAUCUACGCACCCCUGGAGCAGCCCCUGCUCCCCAUGUCGCUGCUGCGCAACCCCGGCUACGCGGCGACUGUGUGUUCUGCCCUGGUCGGCAACAUGGUCUACUUCUCCAUGAGUCUCCUGUGGCCCGAGGCCGUCCUCUACCUCUUCACCACCAACACCAUCAAAGCUGGCUGGCUUUCCUUCACCGCAAUCGGCGGCUUCGCAGUCGGCUACCUCGAACUAAUCACCCUGAUCAUGUGCCCCCUGUACUGCAAACCGGAGGACAUCGGUCUAGCCAGCGGCUUCCUCGGCUCCGCCAAGCAGAUCUUCGGCACUAUCGCCACGGCCAUCUACGUCGCCAUCCUCCAAAACCGGAUCACCGCCAACCUACCCACGACCGUCACGCACGCCGCCACCAAGGCCGGCCUCCCCUCGUCCUCCCUCACCGACCUCCUCGAGGCGGUCGCCGCCGGCACCAGCGCCGCCCUGGAGGCCGUGCCCGGCAUGACGACCAAGAUCCUCGCCGCGGUCGCGGACGCGGAGAAGACGGCGUACGCGAUGUCGUUCCGCACGGUCUUCUGCGUGAGCAUUGCGUUCGGUGGUUUGUCGAUCAUCGCGUCGCUGUUCUCCCGGGAGGUGGAUACAAGGUUGGAUGGGGGGGUUGCGGCUAAGUUGCAGGGGAAGGGCGAGGGUCAGUCGCCAUCGCCGUCGCAUCAGGCUUGGGAAGCGAAGGGGGUGGCGGAUGAGGAGGCGCGUUAA